GGUUUUAGAAAUCCCGCCAAAUUCGAGGAGCGAGGAGGAGGAGGAGGAGGAGGAGAAGGAGGAAAGAGAUUAUUUGUUGAACUUUGGUUAGAAGUUGGAAAUGGAGGGCGGGAAGACGACGAAGCCAAGCGGAGGCCGGAAAGGUGCGGCGAAGAGGAAGCCUGUUCCCAGAUCUGUGAAGGCGGGGCUCCAAUUCCCUGUUGGAAGGAUUGCUAGGUUCUUGAAGAAGGGCAGAUAUGCGCAGAGGCUUGGGACUGGUGCUCCCAUCUACUUGGCUGCCGUCCUUGAGUACUUGGCCGCUGAGGUUUUGGAGCUUGCGGGAAAUGCCGCUCGUGACAACAAGAAGAUCCGUAUAAUUCCUCGCCACAUUCUUCUGGCUGUUAGAAAUGAUGAGGAGCUUGGGAAAUUGUUGGCUGGUGUGACCAUUGCUCAUGGUGGUGUCCUGCCUAACAUCCAUCAAGUCCUCCUACCCAAGAGGACUGAAAAGGACGAAAAAGCUGCUGCUGCUGAACCAAAAUCGCCCAAGAAAACACCAAAGAAGUAGUUUUACAGUUUCUUGAUGCUCUGCUUUAUGAAGUAUGAUCUCCCCGCUCCCUUUUUUUCUUGGGUUCUUUUCUUGUUUACUUGGGACUCUUUUGGACGCGUAGUAGGGAUUAGUGGACGACAAGUCCGAUUCCUACAUAUGUAAAUAGAGCUUUGCCUCUAUCAGAACGAUACAUAGAUAGGAUAUAGAAGGGGGGGAGGGGUAUUCCUGGUUUGUAGGGAUGUACAUCUCAAUAUUUUACUGAAAAUCUGGAAGCUUUCUAUGUGAAUUGUCAAAUGAAGUAUUCGCUGUUUUUAGUGUUCA